CACUCUCAUCAUCAACAAAGAAUCAUUUCAUCUAUUUACCAACUUAGAAGAAAUUAAUCAAGAAAUUAAGAUGACCAAGGAUGUAGAGGUCGGCGGCCACGACUACGGCGCCAAGGACUACCAAGACCCGCCUCCGGCGCCGCUCAUCGACAUGGAGGAGCUGGGCAAAUGGUCACUGUACAGAGCCGCCAUCGCCGAAUUCAUCGCCACCCUCCUCUUCCUCUACGUCACCGUCCUCACCGUCAUCGGCUACAAGAGCCAGAGCGCCGUCGACCAGUGUGGCGGCGUGGGCAUCCUGGGCAUCGCCUGGGCCUUCGGCGGCAUGAUCUUCGUCCUCGUCUACUGCACCGCAGGCAUUUCAGGGGGCCACAUCAACCCGGCCGUCACGUUCGGGCUGCUCCUGGCCCGGAAGGUGUCGUUGGUUCGGGCCGUGCUCUACAUUGUGGCGCAGUGCUUGGGAGCCAUCUGCGGCUGCGGCCUCGUCAAGGCUUUCCAGAAGUCCUACUACGUCCAGUACGGCGGCGGCGCCAACCAGCUCAGCGACGGCUACAGCACCGGCACCGGUGUGGCCGCCGAGAUCAUCGGCACAUUCGUCCUCGUCUACACCGUCUUCUCCGCCACUGACCCCAAGAGAAAUGCCAGAGACUCCCACGUCCCUGUUUUGGCGCCGCUUCCAAUUGGAUUCGCGGUGUUCAUGGUUCACUUGGCCACAAUCCCGGUCACUGGCACGGGCAUCAACCCUGCCCGGAGCUUCGGAGCGGCGGUGAUUUACGGCAAAGACGAGGCAUGGGACGACCAGUGGAUUUUCUGGGUGGGACCGUUUGUGGGGGCAGCCAUUGCUGCGAUCUACCACCAGUUCGUGUUGAGGGCAGGAGCGGUCAAAGCUCUGGGAUCAUUCCGAAGCUCUUCCUACAAUUAAGGACUCGGACUCGGACUCUUUUGUUUAGUGUGUGCAAAUAUUUUGUGUGCUACUUUAAUUUGGCACUUAUUUUAAAAAAAGAGUGCCGUCUUUUUUUUCUUUUUUUUUUGGUUAUGGUUUCUCCUCUUUCCUACUUAAGCACUAAAUAUAGUGCUUUAUGCAUAAAGUAAUAAAAUUUGCUAUUUCACCCA